UCACUAGCUAGAGCAUCCACAGACACACACACCCGCGCGCGCACCAUCCUCCUUGACAUGGCUUCCUGCUGCAAGCUCUACUCGGCGCUGCUCGCCGUCGCCGUGGUGCUCGCCGUCGGCCCGGCCGCGCGUCCCGUCUCCGCGGCCGCGCACCUGCACUUCUACAUGCACGACGUGCUCACCGGCUCGGCGCCGACGGCGGUGCAGGUGGUGAACGGGCCCCGGGGACACAUGGGCGACACGAUCGUGAUCGACGACGUGCUGACGGCGACCUCGUCGCGGUCGUCGUCCAUGGUGGGGCGCGCGCAGGGCCACUACAUCUGGGCGUCCACGGGGAACCCGGAGCUGCUGGUGACCAUGAACGUGGUGCUCACCUCCAGCCCCUACGCCGGCAGCUCCGUCACCGUGGUGGGGCGCGACGACAUCGGCGCGCCGGUCAGGGAGCUGUCGGUGGUCGGCGGCACGGGGCAGUUCAGGAUGGCGCGCGGGUACGUGCUGUGGAAGACCGUUAGCCUCGACCACCCCAACGCCGUGCUCGAGCUAGACGUGUACGUCAUGUGAGCAAACAUACGUCCGCUCCUCAUCAACGUAACACGUGUUCUACCCCCAAUAAGCCUUGUAUAAGUACCUACGUGAACCUCUUUGCGGUAAUAAAAGUGACAAACUGAAGUUCACGCUGUAAAUGUUGCGGUUGAGUAUAUAAUAAAAAUGAAUUUAAACAA